AUGCCACGCUCACCCGUGCUCUCGCUGCUCCUGCUGCUGCCGCCGCUGGCCCUGGGCCUCGGGCUCCUCGGCGCGGGCGGCCGGCGCCCCGACUGUGGUCCGUGCCGGCCCGAGCGCUGUCCUGCGCCCGCGAGCUGCCCCGCGCCCGGCAUCCCGGCGCGCGACGAGUGCGGCUGCUGCGCGCGCUGCCUGGGUGCCGAGGGCGCGAGCUGCGGGGGCCGGGCAGGCGCGCGCUGCGGCCCCGAGCUGGUGUGCGCGAGCCGCGCCGCCGGGGUGGCGCCCGAGGGCACCGGGCUCUGCGUGUGCGCGCAGCGCGGCGCGGUGUGCGGGUCCGACGGCCGCUCCUACCCCAGCGUUUGCGCACUGCGCCUGCGCGCUCGGCACGCUCCUGGAAGGCACCUUGGCCACCUGCACAAGGUGCGCGAUGGCCCCUGCGAAUUUGCUCCAGUGGUUGUCAUCCCACCCCGAAAUGUUCACAACAUCACUGGGGCCCAGGUGUACCUGUCCUGCGAGGUGAGGGCGGUGCCUCCCCCAGUCAUCACGUGGAGGAAGGUCACACAGUCUCCUGAGGGCACCCAGGCGUUAGAGGACCUGCCUGGGGACCAUGUCAAUAUCGCUGUCCAGGUGCGAGGGGGUCCUUCUGACCAUGAGGCCACAGCCUGGAUUUUGAUCAACCCUCUGAGAAAAGGAGACGAGGGAGUGUACCAGUGCCACUCGGCCAAUGCGGUUGGGGAGGCCCAGUCCCACGGCAAGGUGACGGUUAGCGACCUGAGCCCGUACAAAGCCCCUCGCUUCCCAGCUCCACACGAUCGCAUGUGACAGAGGUCUCAGAAGCAUGAUCACGGGAUGAUGGGAAAGUCAAGUUGUGGGUGGUUUUGCUGUGUGACAAGUUGGAAAAACUGUUUGUAGAUGACCCCUUUCGUAGUUUUUUAAAAACUAGAUGCAAACUAGAUUCAUAUGCAGAUGUAGUUUUUAGCAGGGCAAACACGGGGAAAAUGUCUGGACUGCACGUGGUUUUUUUAUACUUUUGAAAUGAAUUGCUCUGAGAGAAUUC